GCGUUGGUAAAGUGAAAGAAAGAAAACGCACACACACAAGACGCAUGUUCAGUGCUCACUCUAUAUGCUUUGUGCACUGUCUUCUUAUAAAGCUGGUAGCAGAGGAAACACACAUUCUCUUUCACACCCUCUCUCUCACUCUUUCUCUAGACAGGUGCAAAAAGGAAUCUAAUUUGAAGAUAUUUGCUUUAGGUUGAGAACUAGACUUGGCAGUCAACAUGUACCUUCUUAGAAGACAAACCCAGAAUCAGCCGGAUGAUUCCUUAUUUCGAGAAGCAAAGGUCACUGAACUCAGGGCUGCUCUUGGGCCCUUGUCCGGGCGUCGUUUGAAAUAUUGCACAGAUGGAUGUCUGAGGAGAUAUUUAGAAGCACGAAACUGGAAUGUUGAUAAAGCCAAGAAAAUGCUGGAGGAAACAUUGAAGUGGAGGUCAACUUAUAAGCCUGAGGAAAUCCGUUGGGAUGAAGUAGCACACGAGGGUGAGACAGGCAAGGUCUCCAGAGCAAACUUUCAUGAUCGACUUGGGAGGCCGGUGCUUAUAUUGAGGCCAGGGAUGCAGAACACAACGUCUGCGGAAGAUAAUAUUAAGCAUUUCGUGUACCUAUUGGAAAAUGGCAUCCUUAAUCUUUCCGAAGGUCAGGAGCAAAUGUCUUGGUUGAUAGAUUUCACAGGAUUUGCAAUGAGCACAAAUCUCUCCAUCAAAACAGCCCGUGAUAUUAUUCACAUUUUACAAAAUCACUAUCCAGAGAGGCUUGCUAUCGCUUUUUUGUAUAAUCCUCCAAGGAUAUUCCAAGCUUUCUGGAAGGCUGUCAAAUACUUCCUGGACCCAAAAACAGCUCAAAAGGUGAAGUUUGUUUAUCCAAAUAACAAGGAAAGUUUGGAACUGAUGAAAUCGCUCUUCGAUGUUGAUAACCUUCCAAGUGAAUUUGGGGGGAAAGCUACUCUAAAAUAUGACCAUGAAGAAUUCUCCCGAAUGAUGGUUGAUGAUGACCUAAAAACGGCCAAGUACUGGGGCAUUGGCAACGAGAAACCGUCAUUCCACCCCAAGGGUGGGCUGUCCGGGGCAGAGGUGGCACCAGAGCCCGUACCCGUUGAGCCACUUGCUAUUUGAGUUAGCUGUUUUGAUUUUUUUUAAUUUCCUUUUAGUAUAAGUAAAAUAAUGUAUUUUUGGUUAUAAAUAAGUUAAAGACUACACAUCCAAGUCAGAAAAGAGGCAACAAUCUGGUUGCUAAUUUAACGUGACAGAUAUACUAUGAUGGAAGCCAUUAGAAUUGGUCUAGUGGUGUGAGGGAUUGGGAUAGUAGUAUUUUGAGGGUCUAGUUGCUAAUUUCAUCUCCAUCGUGUAACCAAAAGGAAAGAUAUACGACGACUGGAAAAAAAAAUGGAUGAACAAACUAUUUUUAUUUAUA